AUGGAGGGAUCUACAGUGACCACCAUAAUUAUAGGUUUAGUGGCCUUUGUGAUGUUGAACUAUUUCAUGUCUGGAGCCCAAUCAUCAGCUGAACAAAAUUCAAGAAGAAGGAUACAUCAUGUCACCGCACAAAUGAUUGAUACUGUUCGACAAGUGGCGCCUUCCUUAACUGAAGAGCAGAUUUCAUACGAUCUUGAACAAACUGGUGAUGUUAAUACAACUGUGGAUAGAUACCUUCGCCGUGGUACAUUACCAUUUCCCCCUGGUCAUGGGUUAAAUGACUCCGUUCAGCCUAAUUUAUCAUUGGUGGAGACUGUAUCGGAUAGCAAGGGUGGCAGUAAAAGUAUAUCCAGUACAAAUUCGAAUGAAGGUCCAUUUGGGGGCUUAAGCUUUGAAGCCAAGAGGAUUGAGUUGGUUCAUGAGAAUAGAAAAGCAUUGGAGAAGGAAUAUGGCAUACAAUGGUCUGAUAUCGUACUGCAAAAAUGA